AUUCGUUGAAACAUUGCAAGGUGCAUUGCGCAAUCAAUAAUGAGCUGCAGUAUCUUCAUACUGGCGAUACUUCUGGUUGCCGCGGGAACAAUUCAAGCGAUCCGUCAAGAUUAUCCACAUUGUGACGACGAAUGCAAGGAGUACAAGGACAGUACAGAUGCUAAUUGCGGGAAAGAGUCCGGCACACUUCAUUGCAUUGGAUUGUCAAAUGCUUAUUAUGAUUGUUACUACGGAUGUGUGAACAAAGCGUUGGAGAGUAAAAGAGAGGAGUUAAAGAAGGCACAAAGAAAGAAGAAUGCGACUAACCACAUAUGAAGACAACCUACAUCAUGCAGAUUUAGUGAUGCUGAAACAAUCGAUUUUCAAAAAAUGAAUAUAUUUCUGUAUACAAAAUAGAAUAAAUAAAUUCUUAUGAAAUCG